UCACGUAUUUUAUUUAAUGCGAACUAGUUCAAUUUAUCCGUUCAUUAACUGUGAAUGGUUGGCAGCGCGGCCAACAAUUCACUUUCAAACUCUGGCAACCCUAAUGUGGUGCAAGAUGUCAUUUGCAAGUAAAUUACUGCAGUGCAGCGCGCGGCUUUGGAAUGGCGUCACCCCCGCACGAGGCUUUCAUAUGCUAAUGCGUUCCACGGCCAUAGCCACAAGCACACCGGCUCACAGCACAAUUGUUCAACAAUUGGUGCCCACAACAAAUACAACAUCCUUUCUGGUGCCGUUCAAUUCACUCGUACAACAAGUGGCCGGAUUCAAGGUGAAGGGACGUCUUAAGCGCCGCUGUAAGGAUUGCUACAUUGUGGUGCGUCAGGAGCGCAGUUAUGUCAUCUGUCCAACGCACCCGCGCCACAAGCAAAUGGCAAUGAAGAAACGUGACUACAAAUCCUGGAUCUUGACCCAUGCCACACAAUCCAAGGAAAGGGGCUUUUAAUGAGCAUUUGUUCUCCAUAAAGAACUGUUACC